GGGAGAGGCGAAAGCAUCGGAGCGGAUGUCCACCUCACUUUUCCCCGGGUGUUGUCCGUCUCCCCGGCACACACACACACUCACACACACACUCACGGCUGCUGCCACCAUCUAUCCAUGCAGUUCACUUCAUUGUACUGCCUCUGCUCAUCAAUUAGGCACGAAUUAAGCCUUUUCGGAUCAAAUAACUACCCCGAAGCACUUCGAAGAGGACGUUUGACCGCGGACUGAGGCGCGGAGAAGUUUUGAGAGCUCAAAAGCGGAAAGAAACGGCACACAGGUACAGUGUAACUAUGAUCCCGACUUUCAACUACACAUUACUAUUGUAACGCAGAGGUACUAGCCCGCAAGCUAACUGGCUAACGUUAGCGCUCCAUUGACAAACUAGGGUUGACUCUAGAUGCACUUCAAUGAGGAUGGAUGCCGCCUGCUUUACAAUGAGUCGUUUUAAAACGACUUUAAAAGUCGGAACUGUUCACAUUUGUAGUAAACGACCCAAACGGUCACAGUCGACUUGAGUUUUUAUUCAUCCAGAGAGCGAAUAUUAGUAGUAGUAGUAUUAGUAGUAGGAGUUGGUAGUAGUCGUGGUAACAGCAGCGUGAGGAAAACAAAAGGAUUUCAAAGUCUGACAAAUAGGACAGAUGACUGAAGAGAAAAGAUGUGAGAUUAUUGUUUUGUCUAAUCCAAGUGUCACCAAGGAAGCCAUUUCAGUCUAUUAAUUUAGUUUGUUGUGUGUUUGUCUUGAUAUUAAUCUCAGUCACACUGAAUCAAAAAUUAAAAAUUAGAUUAUACAGUAUUUCUAUAAGAUGAGAUGCACAUGCCAGGGUUACAGCAAUCUCUACCAAACUCAAUAAGUUUGGUCUAAAUUUAUACUUCUCAACUGGUCUCACUCUGGGACCCCCAUUUUCCCAUGGUCCUUAAGUCGCGACCCACUUUUAUAGAAUUCAAACCAAGCAAAUGUUAUAUAUUAUAUACUAAUUUUAUAUAUAGAAAACCUUUAAAGACUCUAAUCUUUAACAUAAAUCCACUGUUUUAUGGAGUAAAGACAAUUUCAAAGCACAUGAAGGGGACAACAUGAGGCGACAACUACUGAAGUUCCGUGUACAAAAAAUAUCAAACAUGUUGUUUACUUUUUCGACCGGCGGUUCGUGACCCAUCCAGAACGUGUCCGUGACCCACUAGUUGAAAACCACUGUUUUAGAUCAUAACUGAAACAUGAGUUUAUAGUUUUAAUGUUAUUGUUCAGAUAAGAUUUAUCUGUUCACAUACGUUUAAAUGAUACUAUAGUAAGUUUCAUUUACUUAGAUUUGGAAAAUAGACAUUCAAAUAUCGUGGGGGGAAAUUCUAUAUUAAAAGACUAACUUAAACUUGAGUAACCAUCUUCAAGUGUGUCAUGGAUUAGUUUUUGUCCAGCAUCUCUUUCUGUCUCAUCAUAUCAGAUUUACAAACAGCAGUGAACGAGUUAAAUUCCCUGUGGUGGGAGAUCAGUAUACAAUCAAAAGUCACAAACGGGUGUUAUAGAUUAUUAUUUUGUACUAUAAGACUGUGCCAUAUGUAGUUUGGUUGUAAUGGCAGUACAUAGGUUAUGAAUCUGCCGAAGAUCGAGGCUACCACAGCAGAGUCCGAGUCGAGCCUAUCGCUGCUUUCAAACUCUCAAAGUUAACCGGCGGGAUUAGACGUUUCUCGAGAUGUGGAUGUAGAUACAUCCAAAGCAGCUCCGAUAGACUCAAAACACCGAUAUAAGUGAAAGGAGACAUAGUCGUGUUUGGGAUUAGAAAAUUAGAUUUUGAAGGAAGUCAGAUGGGGACAGCCGUUGAAGACUGUGGGAGCCACCGAGUGCCAUGAUAGACAAAGACCCCCAGAGAGCCUCAGACACUCGUAUUGUUUGCCGGAGUUUGGUAGAUGUGGUGGUAUAAAGACCCGGCUUGGAUUGAUUUCCUGUGUCGUGUUGUGAUCGUGUUGUUGCUCGUCUGUGUUAUAAAUACUCGUCUUUGUUUUGUCCUGAUCGCAGUUCAAACUUAGGUAACUUAGGGUGAAGUUGUUGAUGUGGGGGUCAGUCAGUGUUGGGUGGGGGUGAGUGUGUAUGAUUGGUUGCACACACGUGGUGUUUCUACACAGAUGGGUCUGCCUGUGUGAUCACCUGUCGUUUGUUACCGCGGUGAGUUUUGAAAGGGAGGAGGGAAUUUUUGGUGGGUUACUUUUUCUGCUGUGUGGAGCUGUGUCCUGAGCUGACCGUCUAGUCUUUUGUGCUAUUGAGAGACUCACUGCCCCGGCGAUACAGGGAGGAGAAAAAGACAGAGAGAGAGAGGGAGAGAGAGAGAGGCUUGGCCACGCAAUGAUUUUGCCUCCACAGACUGAGGAUAACACUUAAAAUUAAAGCCAAUGACAAUCCAUGGCGUGUUCUCCGUGUUGUUUACCUCUUUGCUUGUAGUUCUGGAGUUCAUAAGCAUGUACCAAUAUGUUUAGAAAUAGAUUCCUAAAGUGUGCCAAUACCGCUGAGGUUGUUCCAAUCUCAUACAUUUAUGAUGGAGAGUGUAAAUUGAGUAUGCAUCGUAGCCUGAUGGAUUAAAGCUCACAGUAAAGGGAGGCAGCCGCACUAAAUAGUGAUGCCAAGAGAUGUAGUCCGUAUGAGUUUGAAUGUGAACUAUCUUAUCGGUUAAGUGAUUUGUUGUACACAGAUGUCUAACUGAUAAAGUCAUGCCCAGAAGACUAAAGUCUUGAACACAUAACUUAGAGCAUUUAUGUUAGAUUACACAAUGUCUACCAACUCUGAUGAAACUUAUGAGUGAAUCACCCUAAACUUUGUUUUCACCGUGUUUUGUUGAAAAAGUUUUGUAUAUGAGUGCAUGUCAAAGAUAUUAGAUCUAUAUUAUUGAUAUAUCAGCUGUAGGGCUGGGCAAUAAAAUGAUAACCAUAUAUAUCGAAAAUUAAUUUCCCUUAAUAUCAAUAUAAAACAUGGUCAAUAUGCUUUUUGAUAGUUGGCAUUCUGCCAUGUUUCGGUACACUAUACGAAUAGCCAAUGAAAAAGGGGGUUGCUCCAGGUCCACUUAGUGCUGAACCAAUCAUGUGCUGAAUUAGAACCAAGUAGCAAAAAACAGUGUGGUAGCAGGCUGCAGCUACACGCAACUGCACUGCGCACUGCAAAUUAUGUUGAGUUUAUGUUCUCGCGGGGAAACCGUAUUUUUCCACACUAUAAGGCGCACCUGAUUAUAAGGCGCACCAUCAAUGAGCACGUCUAUUCGCAUCUAUUUUCAUACAUAAAGCGCACCGGAUUAUAAAGCGCAUUAAGCCAAACAAAACAGAUAAGUCAAACUUGAUUUUACUCAUUCAAUAACUCCGUGAGGCUACGGUAGCUGCAGUGCUCGGACAAGCCAAAAGGAUUUUAAGUGCGCCUUAAAGUGCGAAAAAUACAGUACCUCAAAUCUUUUUCACCACCUGAAGCAGUGCCAUGUGGUAGAGCACGUGCAAUGCAAGAGGUUACAAACCGCGAGCGGAGAAAGGAGCCCAUGGCGUCUGUGCAGCUGAAACAGCCGACCAUUCAGUCCACUUUCUCUAGCGCAGUGCCUUGUAACAAAACGUCCAAGAGACAAAAAGACCUCACUGUUGAAGUAGCUUAUUGUAUUGCAAAAGAUAUGCUACCAAUAAACACUGUUAAAUUUCAUUUUUUAUAUUGUGAUGUCAAUAUUGACUGAUAUGAUAAAAAAGUAUCGUGAUAAACUUUUUCCCAUAUCGCCCAGCCCUAAUCAGUUGAUAAUAAAUUUAGCAAAAAUCAAGGGCAUCCAUCAGUUAUAUUACUAUCUUUUCCAUAAACCCCAAAUGUAAGGGGCUGUGAUUUUUGUGCUUACUGGUUGACCAUAACUAUCAGUUUUAAUUAUCAGCUGGAGAACUGAAAAGUGAUGAUCGUCAUUUUUCUGCAGCCGACAUUUGCAUACAGACGGGGUCCAUAUAGAUUCAGUUUGAUAUCUGUGCCAAAUCUUUUUAGAAGUCUUGAAGACAUUUCCUCAGUCCUCUUAUUUAUUACAUAAUCAUCAAUUAUUUCUGUUAACAGCAUUUCAACAGAUUCAGUUAGAAAUUUAAGUUGAUGCCAAUGUAGUACUUCUAGUAACUGAAACAGUAGAUUUUUUUUAAUACUGAUAUAAACUGACCUGCCAUCAUAACAGUGUGAACACUUGGGCAAUCUAAUGCAGCUCUCUACCCCAAAUUCUACUUUCCUUUACCUGUUAUAAAACUUAAAUAUUUCUCAAUAUUAGUCUAAUGAUGUUAUGCACCUUAUGCUUAAAACAGAUCAUGUUGUUUUUGAUGACUGUUAAUUGAUAAUUCAUGUCUGUGUUUGUGUUGCAGCCAUGCCCUCUGUGAUGGAGCGCUCGGCCGGGGUCCUGUCCAGGAGCAGAGCUAAGACUGUUACUAAUGGCAACAGCCAGCCUCACUCUGAAGAGGAGAGCAGCGACGAAGAGCACGCUCAUGGUAGAAUCAUAAACAUCUUUCAGCUACUUUAUCUCUAGAGCUCCUUUUUAGACAUGCACAAAGUGUCAGAAAAUGUCCCCAAGUUACUCAGAUGAGCUGAAAUGGCAGUAAGAGUCAAAUUGAUGGAUUCCAGGUUUGCCAAAACUUCCAUGAGCCACGUGGACGACUAUGGAGAACUUUGAACCAGCACUAUCUCCAAAUAUGGAUCCAGUGUUGAACCUUGUCAUGUCAGCUGUUUUAGUUGUAUUUGGUGCUUUUUGAGUCCCUGUCACUGCACUCCUCUGGCACCCUUCUUCUCUCCUCAACCCUUUCCCACACUCUUCCAUCUCUGUUUUGUCAUUUACCCUCUGACUUCCUGUUGAUCAUUCGUUUUUUAACCUUAAUCUGCUCUUGGCUCUCAGACUUUAGAGAUGAUAUUUGGGUAAACACACUUCUUUAGCAGUUUAACAGUUUAGAGAAAGUUCACAAUGACCAGGAUAUUCGGGUCAUCCUUGCUUCCACAUCCAAGCAUCUUUCCAAUCCUCAUCAUCUUUUGUUUCCUUGUUUUUGCAUCCCUCUUUUCCUUUCAACAAAUUCUAUCUUCUCUCAUCUGCACUCACCCCCUUCCUGCUGUUUCCCACCCAUCUACUCCGCUUUCCAUCACUCUUGUCUCCUCCCUUCCUGUCCUGUGUCCCUAAGGAAACAGUAAUGUGUCCCUCCUCCUCUUUUUAUGCUUCCUUGCAACUUGUGUACUUUCUCUUCUCUCUUUGUCUUCCACUCUUAUAAACACUGCAUUAAUUUCUUGAUGUUCCCCUGUCAGCUGUUUCACUUCCUGCCUGUUUCCUUCAUCUUUUUCUGUCUGCAUAUCCAUCCCCAUGAAAAUGGCUGUACCAGUAAAGUAUUAAGACUUUUUUCUUCUCCCAAAAUCCAUAAAAACAUACUGACUCCAACAUUUUUAUCAAGUAAGAUAAUACACUUGUUCAGUGACUAGAAAUCAGUACAGCUCCACUACCAAGACAAAAACAGACCAGGUACUUUUUAGGGCCCGACCGAUAUGGAUUUUUUGCGGCCGAUGCCGAUUAUUAGGGGGGAAAAAAUUUACAGUAUACUUUAUAGAUAUACUGUAGGCUGCUGCUCCUCACGCCGACUGAUCAACCUCUGACCAGAAAAGCGCGCGUCUUAACUCACGUUACUCAUUUCCAGUCUGGUCUCAUCAGGAGACAUGCAGCUGCCUCAGUAAGAGAAGUAGCUCGAUCACGUAAUGUGAACUGUUGUUUAUUCUACUGUUACUGGCACGGCUAACAGUGUAGCAAGGCUAAUAGCAGGUGGCUAACUCUAACUUUAGCUUGCAUAUUACAUGGUGCUUCACCGUUAACUCGGCGUGAUCGAGACCAGCACAGCGGGGAACAUCGUGAAGUGGGUUGAAGGGGGAUGAAGAUUGUCAUGAGGUCGCUGCGCCAUCUACAGGACAAGUCGGGGAACUUUUCAAAUGGCGGAACAUUUUAAAAGUGAAACCGAGUUUUGGCCGAUUACCGAUUAGUCUCAAACAGGCUAAAAUUGGCCGAUUUAAUUGGCUCGCCGGUAAAUCGGUCAGGCUCUAGUAUUUUUUAAACUAUCAUGUGUUGGUCAUACUGGUUUUCAGAUGAGAUGUGUGCAUGGUUCUGCCUUGUAGGGGGCUCAUUGAUUUUUCGUAUGCUGCAUGUCUAAUUGGCAGCAAUUGAACCAAGCAUUGCCACACAUCAGACAGCAAAAAAUAGUUGAAUCAAAGUUUUCGUCGUAAGAAUCUUUAAUGGGAUUGUCUUUCACUGGAUACUGUUCUGGUAGUGGUAUGGGGGCUGAUCUGGGAAAGGUUGGGUUUUUGUGUUUAAAAGGCAGCACAGCCUCUGCAGUGCAGUAUGGUGCUGCAUGAGUGAGAGGAAAUUAGCUUGUUUGUGUUUUGGCAAAAUCUUUGAGUAACACUGGUGAGUGACUCCAAGUUCUGGUCCUCAUAUGUACUUUACUGGCCUUCAUAAUGUCUUGCUAGCUUACAGGUUUAAGGUCUACAGGUGCAUCUGAAUAAAUCAGAGUAUCAUCAAAAAGUGAAACUCAUAUCAAAUAGAUGAGUCACAUACAGACUGAUAGAUUUCAAGUGUCUUUCUUUUCAUUUUGAUAAUGAGUAUGAGUUUCACUUUUUGAAUGGAAUUACAUACAUGAUGAUAUUCUUAUGUUUUAAGAUGCAUAAGAUAUUCACAGAUAUUCUGGAGAACAGAGCAUGUUUCAAGAUUCAACAUUAUAACCCUCAUUUAAUUCCUUUGUCACACACUUGGUAAUACUCCAUCUGUCUCUUAUCCUUUUUACAGCUCUGACUUUAUAUCAGAUGAACAAAAACUCACAUUAGUCCUGCAUCUCUCUCUCUCUCUGUUCUUUUUCUUUCUGCAGACAGUAUGAUCAGAGUGGGUGGAGACUACCAGGCUCAGAUCCCAGAGUUCAAACCAGGUAAGCCCAGAGACAGGAAAGAGGAGUAAAAAAGAGAGAGAGAGGGCGAGAGCAGAACAUGGCUGAGAGGGAGACAUGGAGUUCAUGAGGAAUGUUGGGUGACAUUAAAAUAGAGGAAAGAGGUACAUGCAGAUUAUGAGUGAAAUUAAGGUCAAUGGACUGGAGUUACCAUUGAAAUUUGAUAAAAAGUGUUUUUCUCAGUGAUUGUACCUAAAUGAUUUCUAAAAAGAAGUUUUCUCUCUAAUGUUCUUACAUUUGGUUGUAUUUUUUGGAGUAGACAAUAACCUGCACUGUACUUCCCAGGGCAACAACACAAAUUAGCCUUUUACUCAUGUGCGUCAAUAGUCUAUAGCUAUAUUUAAUGAUUUAGAAAAACAACUAUUUGCAGCCAGUUUUUUUUAUUUCUUUAAAUUGUCUGAAUGUAAUCCAAUGUAGAAAAUGAUGUGGUUUGAUUUAAUGGCAUUGCAUUCACUGAAACAUCUUGAAGCCUGGCAUCAGUUUUGGUAGAUUUGAUCAAGGACAUGUGCGAACAAAGCAGGACAGAGCUAGUACAUGUCAGCGUGUUUGAUAAUAACUGACAGUGUUGAGGAGUUCAACAGUCUUAAAUGGUUUGGUGGCGGCUGCUCACAUGACUGUAUAAUCAUGAAAACCAAUCCUUUUUUUUGUGUCUUCAGACAGUCCAACACGCUACAACGAGAAGGACCAAAGGAGUAUGUUGGUGUGGUGUCCUAACAGCCAGCUGUCUGAUGCCAUGUGUAAGCUCAAUAUGUACUAACACACACACACACACACACACACACACACACACAUACACUUUCCCCUUACCCUCUGUUUAAUAAAUAAAUCGGUGGUUCUCAAGUCCAGUCCUUGAGGCCCCCCGUCCUGCAUGUUUUGGAUGUUUCACUGCUCCAACACACCUGAUUCAAAUGAUCAGCUCGUUAUUAAGCCAUUACAGAGCUUGAUAACGAGCUGAUCAUUUGAAUCAGGUGUGUUGGAGCAGGGAAACAUCCAAAACAUGCAGGACAGUGGGCCUCGAGGACUGGACUUGAGAACCACUGCUCUAAAGCAUUGUUUUUUUAAUGUUUUUGUUCUUGGAUUGUUACCUUUCAUUCUCUCCUUUUCUUUCUGUCUGAUUUCUCUACCAUAUUUUGGUUUCUUCUUUUGUAACUCUAUAUGUUUUUGUCUUCUUUUUUUUCCCACUUUCUCCAAACUCUCUGUCAUCUCUCAGUGGACGAGUAUAUCCUGAUGGCCAAAGAGAAACACGGAUACAACAUGGAGCAGGUACAAACCAGAUUGAAGUCAAUCUGUGUCUGAUGCUUGUUUGUGUCUCUCUCUUCUGACCCUGUAUUUUUUUACCUUCUGUCCAAUCAGGCUCUUGGCAUGUUAUUGUGGCACAAGCACGAUGUCGAACGCUCGCUGGCUGACCUGGCCAACUUCACCCCCUUCCCGGAUGAGUGGACAGUCGAGGAUAAAGUCCUUUUUGAGCAGGCUUUCAGCUUCCACGGCAAGAGCUUUCACCGAAUCCAGCAGAUGGUGAGAGACCACUGAGUCAUAUUUAGUUUAGAAUAAGUUUAACUCUCAGAUACAGCGCUUUUUAACUUUCUACAGUUAAAUGUAUCAGUUAUUGGAAAUAUUUUAUGUCUCUCCUGUUGAUUCUUCAGUUGCCAGAUACCUAUCUCUUUGCACUGAUUUAAGACGUUAAAAACUAAGAUAUGAUUGUUGAUCUCGUAGCUGAAUGGUCUGAUAAACUCAAAACAAAUCCUCACUGGAUUUUUACAGUAUUUACACAUGACCAUAACUAUCAUAUAUAGAAAGUCUUUGUUGAUUUGUGUUACCAGCCACUUUAAUACUUAAAAUUUAAAUGCCUGCACUCACUCUCAGCUUCCAGACAAACUGAUCUCCAGUCUGGUGAAGUACUACUACAGCUGGAAAAAGACCCGGACCAGAACCUCUGUCAUGGAUCGACAGGCCAGGAGGCUGGUUAGCAAGAGAGAGAAAGAUGACAGGUAUGAAUUCUUAGGAAAUGUGACGUGUAAAGAGAGAGUGACAAGGUGGGCAGAGGGGAAAAAAAGAAUAUGGCGGUAAAGACUGAGCGAGAAGGACACAAAGUUCUCAGAGAUACGACUUUUAUACAAAACUUGAUGGAACAAAACUAACCAUAAAUAUAUUUAACCUGAAUUUCUACAUUUUCACAUUUGUUAUAGUAAUGAUGACCUGGAGGAAGGGGACCCUGGCAGUGACAGUGACUUUGAGAUGGACGCCAAGAAAGAGGUAAGCCAUAUGAAGCCAACAGUAUUUGUUUGGCUAACCUUCUUGGAGGGUGAUUGUACAACAUUUUGUGAUUUGUUAUUCAUGACUCGCCUAAUUUGGGCUUCAUUUUUAUACACGAAUGAGAUUCUGCACUCUUGAAAAACACAGAUUUUUAGCCUUCGUGCAUCUUCUCCAUCCACACAGGCAGUGAAACAGAACCCCAAUAGCGCCACUUCUGACAAGGCGACCCCCAGUCGCUCUGGGCCGGUGAAAAAAGAAAGUAUUGGGGCGCAGUACCGCCACCACCCGCUCAGAGCUCGGCGCAGGCCACCGAAGGGCAUGCAUCUGGAGCAGGGAGACAUCACGUCUCUGUCUGCUUCCCAUGACGCAGGGGUGCUAACUGUUCGGCAGCUGGACACACAGCUGGUAUCACUGAAGAGACAGGUGUGUAUUACCUGGCUUUCUGGAACUGGCUUUCUUGAGCUGAGUAGGAGAAGAUAAGAUUGAUUCAUGCCAUGGUGGGGAAAUGUUGGUAUUUGCAAUUGUAAUAAAUAUCGAGCCAGUCAAUAAUGCACAUAAAGGUAGCACUGAGUUAUUGUCUGCUAGUUGUGCUAAAAAAAAACCUGGACUACUGGGAGCAGGUCUGGUGAAACAGUCUGACUGCAGCAGGAAGGAAGGACUUGCGGUAUCUCUGUGUCACAUCGCUCUGUCAGGAGCUGCCCACUGCUGUUACAGCGCUCUGUAGGGGGUGGGAAACAUCGUCUAUGAGAGACGACGGCUUAGCCAUCAUCCUCCUGCCCCCCACCACCUCUACAGGGUCCAGAGGGCAGCCCAGGACAGAGCUGGCCUUUAGUCUGUUCCUGUCUGCAGUCAUGAUGCUGCUGCUUCAUUGAUUAGCAACUGGCGGUGUACUACUCUUCCUAAAAAGUUAGCUUUUAGCUACAACUGGGAACUUUAAGUGUCCUUAAUUUUUUUUUUUUUUUUUUACAAAUGUAGUGACUCAAAGUUUUCUUUUUAUUGGUGAAUUAACUUGCUUGAUUGUCUCCAUGUCGAAGCAAAUUUUACAAAAUUGUCCUUUUUUUGCGCUCCUGUUUCCCUCAGGUGCAGUCUAUUAAACAGAACAACAGCAGUCUGAAACACAGCCUAGUCGAAGGUGUUGAAUCUUGCAGACCCACUGAGGUAAGUCUCUUUAUAUUUAACUUCCAGCAUGUCCCUCUCUUCGUUUCCCCCCUCUCCUUCCCUAACCCCCCCCUCCCCCCCCCCCCACAUAUUAUGCCACCCCUUAUGGGACUGAGGUUUAAUCUGCUCUUCACUCUCCUUUUCUCUCUCUCAGCCUGCUCCUAAAAUGAACUCACGCUGGACCACAGAGGAGCAGCUCCUGGCUGUGCAGGGUAAGCCGAUCAACAGCAUCAUCUUCCUUCCCCUCCUACAGAGUCAACUCAUGCUGCCCACUCUCUCCUCUUCCUCCUCACGUUUACUUGCAAAUGUCAGAUUUUUAACAGUUUCAACCUCGUCUCUUUUCCAGCCAUUCGCCGCUAUGGGAAAGACUUUGUAGCCAUUGCUGAGGUGAUAGGGACCAAGACUCCAGCUCAGGUCAGAGUCUUCUGCAGCUGAUGUUGAACUUUUUUGUGUCUAGAAAAGCAUUUUCUUUACAGGAUAGUAAUAAUCUUCAUUCAACCUCCUUUAUUUGUCUCCUGAACUCUAUUUUCUGCAUCCUUACUGCAGUACAGAUUGUCCUCCAUGUUUCUCUAACUCUGUCCUCUUCCUAUGCGAUCAGGUGAGUUCGUUCUUCGUGAGCUACAGGCGCAGGUUCAACCUGGACGAGGUGCUAAGAGAGUGGGCAGCCGAACAAGUGGCAACCAGCCGAGACCAGAGAGACCCCAGGAGGAGUGGGGAAGAGCUGUCAGCUCAUACAGAUGGAGCUGCAGAGGAGGAAGAGGUGAGAUGUCAAAGCAGAUACAUGAGAGUUUCGAGUUAUCGUCUCUGAUCAGAGCUAAAGAAGCAGGCAGGUUUUUUUAUCGUUUUCAUCAACUUUAAGUUUAAGAUAACUUUAAGAUUUAAGUGUCUGUGACUGAAAAGAAAAUGACAGCAAAUUUACAAUCUGCUUCUUUUCCUAACCCAUGUCCACACAAAAAAAAGGGACUAUCAAGUUAUGUAUUUAAAAAUAGCUGCCAUGUUGAAGUAGCUAACUCUCUGCUAUCACAGCAAGUUAAAUCUAUGGUCUACGAUCUGAAAACCAGUUUGUCUGUUGAGACAGAUUUGAAAAACCGACCCCGGCGGUUUGGAUUGGUCGAUUAUUAUGCCUUUUUGCAGCAGAUAUAUUGAAUUUUUAUUUUUUUUAACUUUACAUUGCUUAGAUCGGACCAUAGGACCAUAACGGCCUUAUAAACUGUGUUAUUAAUAAGUUCCAAGCUUCCCAAUGGUAGACCAUAGCUUUAAUGUGCACCAUCAUCCCACAUCUAGUAGUUGUGAACGUCAAACUGUUUUUGUUCAAUAAUAAUUUAAUUUAAAAAAAAAAAACAACCACACACUUCUGAGAACAAAGUUUUAUAAAACUUUUAAAUCUGUUCAGAGAGAUGAGUGUGUCCAGUUUGAGCUGUUUUAGAAACUGAUUCCAUGAGCACGGUGCUUUACAGGAAAAGACAGUUUUCCCCAGGUCUGUCAGAACUCAGGGUACAAAGAAAGGUAGCAGAUUAGAGGAUCUGAACUGGCAGACAGUAGAGCAGGUGUAGAGGAGGGUACAGAGGUAAAAUGGUGUAGCUUUAUAGUUGAAAAUUACCAGUGCUGUUAUCUGCCAACUGCCAAUUAAGUCCAACCCACUAAAUCAUCAAGAAUACAACAACAGUGAGUGAGGGAUCUAGCGUUAGUAAUGAAACAAAGAGAUGCACGGGACACUGAGUCAAGGGAUUGCAAAGGAGAUGAAUACAUGAGGAUAAUCAAAACUAAAUUUAAAUUCAUUGGAGCUGUUUGUAAAGAGUGAAAUUCUGUCUGAAGCUCCUGCAUGGCUUUUGUAGCAGGGGAGCGUGGCUGUAGAUAACGGUGUCAUCAGCAUAAAGGUGUAACUUAGCUUUAAUGUCCUUACUCAAAUCAUUUCUAAAGAUAGAGAACAGGAUGGGUCCCAUAAUGAAUGUCUAAUGAGUCAAAUACCUUGGACUGAUCUACAAUAAAGCAGCAGAAUGUUGUUUUCUGUAAAGGACAUCAAAUCAGACCAUUUGUGAUAACCAUAGCAGCAGUCAUGAUACUGUCACCAGAUCUAACGGCUUCAACUGUCUCGUCCUCCUUCCUCGUCCUGAUUUUCUUCCAGCUACUCUGAACUGACUAAUUCUCACAUAAUCUUUUACUUUCCUUCCUCCUGUCAGGUCAAGAUGGAGGACUCUCCCUCAGACCUCGUCGGUGACUCCUCUCCUCCCUCUUCCACCCAGACCCCCUCCUCCCUAUCUCAGCCGCCUCCUCUGCUGCGUCCGGCCCCUCCCUCUGCUCCCCCCAGCCUCCUCCGCCAGCCUCCUCCCCUGCAGACGCGCCCGCUCCAGAACCGAGCGCCCCACAACCACCCUCCGCCUCCGCUCAUUAGACCCGCAGUGACCACCUCUUCCUCCUCCACCGGGAGCUCCAGCCUCAAGGCCUCGCCUCCCAGUACUUCCUCCUCUGCUGCAGUGCAGGUACCUCCGUCACUGGUGGGGGUGAAAGUGGAGCAGCCCAGCUCACACUGAUCCGCCCACAUCUUCAUGCACACAAACACGCACAUACACAAAUUAGUUGAUAGAAACAGAAGCACCCAUAAACACACACAAAUUAGUCUGCAGGCAAACAAAGACUUUCCUACACUGUCUGAUGCCUCUGCUCCUGGGACCAUCACACACGACAUGACCACAGAAACACACUCAGGUCCCUGAAUGAUGUAACAGCUCUACAAGUGUGACAGAAAAGAGUGUGAGGACUUCCCACCUUUCCUGCUUUAAGACAGGGGUCUGAAACCCCCCCUCUACUGUACUAACAAACACCUACCUCCAAACCGGUCAUCAUCACACCUUCACAUGCACGCAAAACAAACAAGCGAGAAACUUUAAAAACAAACACUACCUGCCUGCACACAAAAAAAGGAGACACUGGAUUGUCGAGCUUUUAAAGAAAGCCGUGACCACAGAGUUGAAAACCCACCUGCCCCGUCACCAUGGCAACCGCCGAACAUCUGGAUCACAAGAGAGUGCGCUCAAAGACGCAUGCACACACACAUACACACACACUCGCGCUGUAGACUCCACCGAGCAGGUAUCAAGUAGUCUGAGCAACUUUCAGGAAAAUCAAAGAGUACAAAAAAAUAAGGGAACGAGAAGAAGAGUCGCUCAAACCCGAGCCGGAGAGGAUCCAUCAGACGGCUGGCUAUGAAGUGUAGAAACACGUGUUUUUGAUUGAUGGGAUUUGCUUUAAAAAUUCACACCCAUAAAAAGGAGAAAAAGGUAAAAGUAAGCUUUACAAAGCUAAGAGUUGAUUUUGAUGACCUUUAAAUGCCGAAGCUGUUGGUGCAAAAACGGAGAAGAGAAGAGGAGGAGAUCAGAUCAGACCUCUCUUCUUUCAUAGCCAUGUAUUUCUAGUAUUAAACUGGUGUGUAUUUUUCCCUUUAUUUUUGUCUGUUUUUUUUUUUUUUUACUAGAUUUUUAAAGUGAGCCUUAGCUAAACAGUUAGUGGUUAGUAGUUGAAGUAGUACAAACUUUACUAAGGAGAUGAGGAUUGACUGAGCACUAAGGAAAAAAAGCCUUGAACUCAUAUGACUGAACUCUUAAAGACAUUCGCUGCAGUUUGUUCAAUUCCACUGGCUUCAUGCUAACCUUUCAUUGUUUCUGAGGAACAUUGUUGUGGACCGCUAACACCAGGGGAAACGUUGUGCUGCGUUUGAGUUUCCUCGGAAGUCAGAUGUCGGAGCUGAAAAUGACGUCACUACCGAGUUCCCAGCGUUUCAGUUACCGAGUUGGAAAAAGAUGGCUACGUCUACAAGUUAUUUUAGCGCUUGCCUUAUAUUCCCACAAAGCAAGCGCUAAAAUAACUUUCGAUGGCAACAUCUACGAAAGUUAUUUUAGCGCUUGGCUUAUAUUCCGACACGGCAAGCGCUAAAAUAACUUUAAUAGAUGUAGCCAUCGAAAGUUAUUUUAGCGCCUGCCCUGUAUUCCGACGAGGCAAGCGCUAAAAUAACUUUCGUAGAUGUAGCCAUCUUGUUUCCGCAUCCGAUUUUCCUUUUUUCCGACUUGGUAACUGAAACGCUGGUAACUUGGGUGCGACGUCAUUUUCAGUUGGACUUCUGACUUCCGAGGUUACUCGAACGCAGCAUUAGCUUCAGUUAAAAUGGGUUCAGAGGACUAAUCUUAAACCAGGUUCACAGACUGAAGGGCGCUGUUUACCCCCCUUAACCUCCUACAGACACUGCAAAAUGAAAAUGUCCCGCCAAAGUGUUUCCUUGCUUUAAAAGCUCAUUGACCCACCAAAUUCCUAAAUCCAGUGAGCUGUUGAGCAGCACAUUAAAAACCUUACAGUGGGAGCUUGUUGAUUUUGAACAAGGAUGAGUCAGAAUGGGUUUUAGGGAGGGAACUUCCCAACAAGCCAAGCAAUGAGUCUUAAUGAGUGUUGAGUUAGUUAAUAGUUGACAGUCGUUUCAUAUUCCGCCAUGCAGACACAAGAGUGAUGAGUAAACAUUUGCAAGAAAGUGAAAUUAAAUGUGCAUUUACCUCAAAGCAAACCGCUCAUCCAACACUUUGAGAGGACGGCUGAACAAGCACAGGUUGGUUGAGAUUGACUGAAUUUUAUACUUUGUUUAAUGUCAGAAUAAAUGCAAAUGAGAGUUUGAAAACUGUCAUGGCUUUUAUCUGCUGUUUCAUAAUCCUGUUUUUGAGGCACAGAAUGAGGCUAGAAAGAUUCAAGGGAAUCUGGGUAAACUGUUUAAGCCAAUGAACUGUGUCCACGAGUAUUGUAUUUUUGUGUCUAAAUCUACUGCAAUGGAGUAUCUGAGCGGUUCUCUGCUGUUAUUUAUUUGUGGUAUCAUCUGGCAGUCCUGGCCUUUCCUCCUGUCAUAGUCUCUACUGCCUUUUUUUUGAGCACAUGUGGAACUACACCUCAUGUAUAAACUGUGUUCAGAGCUUUUCCACUUAUGGUGUAGUCUCGCAUUGCCAGAUUAAUUCACACAGCACUGAGCAGGAACCAGAGCGGCCCAUCGCUGUUUGGCUUUAAAGCGGCUUGCCUUUUGACUUUGCCCGGACUUGUUUUCGUACUUUAGUCCCUUCUUCCAAAAACUGCUUGUGUGUACUGUAUGUGAGAAGUUGUUUACAUUGUGGAAACUGAACUGUUUGUGUUUGAAAAAUGUCUUUUUUUUCUAGAAUAAAUAAAUAAAUAACCAAA